GAAUCACUGUCAGCGGGCCCCUGGAAAUCCUCGAGCGCCGCCAGCGCUCCAUAUCUCUGGCCUCGAUUUCCAUCACCAGCAGCAGCAGCAGCUGCCGAGUGCCCGGGAUCGGUGCUGCUUAAACUCUCGGCUCGUCAGCUCGACUUCCUUCUUCGCACUCCGGUUCCGUUUCUGUUUCUUCGCUUGAUCCUCUGUGGGAGGCCAUCCCCGUCGAAGCCCGGGAGAAGCUCGCUCGUGUUGUAGUUGCGCAGCGACGACGAUGGUGUUUUGGGGAGUGGAGGUCAAGCCUGGUAAACCUCACACGCACUCUCCAAGUGAGGAUGAGCUUUUCGAUGGCAGCACGCUGCACCUCUCGCAGGCCACUCUCGGGCUAGAAGGAAAGUCUAAGGAGCGGGCCGUCGUGAAGUGCAAAGUCGGAGAUGGACCUGAGCUCCUACUGUGCUCAUUGAUUCCCGGCGUCUCAGAGUCGUGCUCUCUGGACCUUCUGUUCGACCAGGAUGUCACCUUCUCGGUGGUCGGAUCCGCCAGUGUCCACCUUAUUGGAUACUACAUGCCUUUGGAAGACGAGGAAGAUGAUGACGACUACGAUUCCGAGGGAAUGUCAGAGGAGGACUCGGACGAGGACUCCGACGAGGAAAUGGACAGCGAAAUGGAAGACGACGAGAGAGUUCCUUCCAGUGUGAAAAUUGUGGAAAUUGACGAAGAGACUCCAUCGCCAGCUCCCCUGAAGCUCAUCAAGGGCAAGGACGAUGAAUCGAAGCCGGAGUCGAAGAGCGCUCAAAAGAAGAGGAAGAAGAUGGAGGCCCUCGGAAACGCCCCUACUGCCAAGCCGAAGACUCCUGCAGGCGAUGCCAAGAAGGUCGAAACACCAGCAAAGGCAACAGUCGACAGCGAGGAUGAAGAUGGCUUUCCUAAGAAUGCGCCGAACAAGAAGCAAGCCAUCAAGGGGGCCGAUGGAACACCUGCUCCUGCUGCGUCUGUGACCACGACACCCGGCGCUGCCACCCCCGAGUCGGCCGGGAAGAAGAAGAAGAACAAGAAGAAUAAGAACAAGGAUGCGCAGACUCCGGGCGCUGCGGCCCCUGCGGCUGCUGCUGCUACGACCCCCGAGCCUGCCAAGACUGCAGAGAAGCCCGGGAAGAAGGAGAAGGCGAAGGAGAAUGGCGCCGAGAAGACUCCUGGGGCCAAGACCCCCGCCCCUGCCACCAAUGGAUCCACUCCUGCCGCAGCUAAGAGUGCUAAGAAAGGUAGCCCAGCCGUGAAGAAGUUCCCAAAUGGUCUCGAAAUUCAGGAUGUUGCCAUCGGAAAGCCCGACGCCAAGCAGGCGAAACCGGGAAAGAGGGUCGGCAUGAUUUACACAGGAAGGCUCAAGUCUAAUGGCAAGGUGUUCGACUCCAACGUGGGAAAGAAGCCUUUUGAGUUCAGACUCGGAGUUGGAGAAGUCAUUAAGGGUUGGGAUGUCGGUGUGAACGGGAUGAGAAUCGGUGACAAGAGAAAGUUGGUCAUCCCCCCAGCCAUGGGCUAUGGAGCGAAGGGCGUGGGCGGAACCAUUCCAGGAAACGCUACUCUGGAGUUCGACGUAGAAUUAGUGAAUGUAAAGUAGAGCAGGCGUUAAUUUUGAGCCAGAUCUCCGUGAGCACCUGAUGCAGAGCUUUUUUACCCCAUUCGGUCGGCGUUUUCCUUUUGAAAAUUUGUAAUUUAUAAUGACUAUCAGGGACGGGAAAUGUGAAAUAUAAUUUGGAGAGCAUCAAGCCUCAUUCUUCCACCAGUCUAGAGACGGUAGCAUUCGGGUAUUUCCUGCCAGCAUUAGGAGGUGGGGGUUUAGGCUUGCCAUACGGUCGGUCAGGUUGUCGAACCGUAGGAGCAUUGAUACUGUUCUCUCCAUCCAACUUUUGUGUAGGUAAAUGAUUUUGAUUAAAGAGCGUAUGUCGUGAUCUUCAUUUC